CAAUUUAAACCUCUGUCAUGACUCACUCUGCAUGAGCUUUCGCAAAAUGCUUUGGAGGACUUGUAUGGAGACGAAUGAAUGCACCGGCGGACUGCUAUCGGCUUCAUGAGGCUAGGGAUACGCGUUGCCUACAAGUGGCGGCUUUUAUUUGAUUCUCACUUAGCUCCAGAAACAGAACACAUGCAACCCCAAUUGUUGUGCAUAUGCACAUAAACUGGGUUGUUUAGAUCAAGGUUUAUAGCAUAUUGUAGCUUGGGAGUCUGCACCGUGUGCCCUUUAUAGUUGCAAUUGAGUUUUAUUGUCUGUGGAGCGAAUUUGCGCAUCAUAUAUUUUUUUUUUUUGAAAUGCCGAACUUCUCUGAUCACGGUUCCUCGUUUAUUUGAAUUGUGCUCAUCUACGCUUUCACUCAGGAAAGCGUCCACAACUUUCCCAUCUCGCCCAUCGGGCGAAGAAUCUAGAGAGUCUCAGAGAGCAGAUCACACCUCUGCUUUGCAAGUGCAACAGACUGAUCAUAGGACGUCUCAGAACAUUUAGUGAUCAAGCACAUAUGCGCUUCUCUUACCGCAUUUUAUUGACUUCGGAAACUGCGCUAACGUGGAGAAGAUAUCGGGGCGGAUAAACGCUGGAGGCAAUCGGCUCAGUAUCAGCAUUUAAGUGGGUAUUUACCGCACCUCCCGGAGACACUCAUUCGAUGAGCCGCUGUCCAGCUGCGCAACAUCACUAAACUACUUAGGAGUGUUAAGUGCUUUUGCUAUUCAAGCAAUGUCCAUCGGAAUCUUUGAACUGCUAUGAUUUUUGUUGGGCUGGAACCCCGUUUUCUUAUUUCCAUAUCGGAUGACCAAGGGAAGCUGUCGGAUACACCGGAAUUACUGAACUGAUCUUAGCGCAAGCGGUGGAGGGAAUGAACACUGGACGCGUCCCUUCAUGAUAAUCAGCAGGUGUCGUUGAGUGUCCGAUGGACGUUCGCUUUCUUUCAGCAUUCUAUUAAUAUUGGCUCCGAAGUUGAGGGAGGGCAAGAGAAAAAAUGACACGUCUCUGCACACUUGGAUGCAUUGUGGUCUUCCUUUGCAGAGUGACGGACUGCAGGCUAGUGCUGGACGGCCUGCAGAGAUACGGCCCCAUGCCCAUGUACCUGCCCGUCCAGUACCGCGUCCUCAACGCAGAGUCCACCUUCUUCCUGAAGGAGGCCAACCAGGACAUCAUGAGGAACUCCAGCCUGCAGGCCCGCACCGAGCUCUUCUUCAUCCAGCAGGCCCACCGGACCCCGACGGUCAACGCCAGCUACGGGCCGUACUCCGUCCAGCAGCCGGUGCCCAUGGACCUGCUCGGGCCCUCGCUGCUGGGGAGCUCGUCCUCGGCCACCACCUCGGCAUCUUCCUCAUCCUCGCCGCCCCUCUUCACCUUCAACUGGAAGGUGCAGACGUUUAUCAUCAGCGAGCGCAUCUACCCGAGCUGGCCCAAGGUGCAGGUGCUCUUCUACGUGUCCGGCCGCGACUGGGACGACUACAGCGCGGUGGACCGGCUGCCGUGCGUGCGCAUGUUUGCCUUCCACGAGACGCAGGAGGUGCGCGGCUCGUGCCGCCUCCGCGGCGAGCUGGGCAUGUGCGUGGCCGAGCUGGAGCCGCUGGCCAGCUGGUUCAGCCCGCCCAGCGUGGUGCCCGGCAGGCAGCGGGCGCCCGAGCAGGCCGAUGGCACCCCCGUCGAGCUCUACUACAUGGUGCAGUCCGUUGACGGCGGCGGCGGCAGCGCCAGCGAGUGCAACGCGGAGGACUCGCGCAAGCCGGCGGGCAUCCGCGCCGCGCCGCCCCAGCCCGGGCCCAUGGGCUACUUUGCCGGCCCCACGCCCAUGCGCCGCAUCGGCAGCGUGCGCCUGUACCAGCCCCUCUCCGAGCUGCGGCUGGACAGCACAUUUGUGGUGAUGCUGCCCUCCAGGCCCAUGCGGCAGCGGGAGACGGUGUCAGCUUUCCUGGCUGCCUCCAACCUCUCCCCGGUGGAGAUCUUCACCCUGAGGGUGAAGCUGAAAGACGGCGUGGCGUUUCUUGGGGCGCGGGCCAGUAACCCCACUCAGUGGACCGUCAGUCAGGACGCGCGGAGCGAAGGCCACCGGGUUGUGACCUUACACUGCCGCAGGAAGGACGCCAACUUUGGCCAAAGGAUGGAGGCAGCUUUCCAGAGGAUUCUGCAGGUGGACCUGGAGGUCAACGGCCUGCUGGAUCCACUGAGCAGCCGCACCGUCACCUGGCAGGUGGAGUACCCGCUCUCCCGCACUCUCUCCGACGAGAUCCAGACUCUGAUUCGCCUGGCACCGCAGGACCUGGGUGGCAUCGUGCCCCUGGCCAUGGACACAGAGAUAUUGAACACAGCAGUGCUCACAGGCAGAACAGUGGCAGUACCAGUGAAAGUGGUUACCGUGGGGACUGAUGGGUCAGUGACUGAUGUGACCGAGUCGGUGGAAUGCCGUUCAACUGAUGAAGGUGUGGUCAAGGUGUCUGAGCGCUGUGACUAUGUGUUUGUGAACGGGAAGGAGACGGGCGGGCGCGUCCAGAUGCUGGUCAACUUCACCUACAGCUACCUGAGCGCCCAGCUGGAGGUGAGCGUGUGGAUGCCUCGCCUGCCGCUGCACAUCGAGCUGUCCGACUCUGAGCUCAGCCAGAUCAAGGGCUGGAGGGUGCCUGCCACCGCCGCUGCAACCAGCCAAAGGGCUGGCGGUAAGCGGGAUGAGGAGGAUGAAGAUGAUGAGAGGAUGAGGAAGGAGCGUGGCUGCGGCCCCCAGUACCAGAGCUCCACGGUGCGCGUGCUCACACACUUCGCCGCCGAGCCGGCCGAGCACGGCGGCCCCGCCGACUUCCUGCUGGGCUCGGACUGGCAGGUGGACGUGACCGAGCUGGUGCGGGAGUCGCUGCGCGUGCUGGACCGGCGCGUGGCCCGCCUGCAGCAGGGCACGGUGCUGAUGGGGUUGGACAUCGGCACCACCAAAGUCCAGGUGAUGUCUCCCCUGUCGGACUCGGUGCUGGCCGAGAGGAUGGUGCGGGUCCUGGACGAUAAAGUGUCCAUCACAGAGCUGGGGGUGCAGCUGGUCUCUGGCCUCUCCCUCAACCUGCAGCUCAGCCCCGGGAGCAACAGGGCCAUCGUUGCCACGGCUACCACACAGGAACUCAUGCAGAGCCCCAAACAGGAGGCGCUCAUCAGCGCCUGGCUGCAGUUCAGCGAUGGGUCCAUGACCCCUCUUGACCUCUACGACCCCAGCUUGUUUGUGCUGAGCGCCACCUCCCUGAACGACCGGGUGGUGGCCAUUCGACAGGACCCCAUGUGGAAGUGGCCGGUGAUCGUGACCAAAGGUGAGGGUCAAGGGCUGCUGGUCAAGGUGGAGAUGUUCAACCCGGAGGUGUGCCAGAAGAGCAAGCGCCGCAGCGUCCUCGCCACGGGCACUGGGAACGUCUACGUCCGAUUCGGCCGCGGUGACGACGGCGGGGACGGCCGCGGUGCUACAGACCGGAGGUACCGGCCCAACGUCCCGUACUACGGCGGCUCCAUCUCAGACGUGGAGGCCGGGAUCAUGACCCGUGGGUCCACCACCAAGACGGCUGCCCCGGGGAGACCCAGCGACGGGCGCCUGUCGGCCGACGCCGGCCUCAACGCGGACUUCUCCGAGUUCCCCACGCAGGCAGAGCUGCCCAGCGGCCGCAGCAGUACGGACGAGGACCUCCUCCAGCAUGCGCGCCGCGGCCUCACCGACCUGGAGAUCGGCAUGUACGCGCUGCUGGGCGUCUUCUGCCUGGCCAUCCUGGUCUUCCUCAUCAACUGCAUCUCCUACGCCCUCAAGUACCGCAACAAGCAGCUGCCGCUGGAGGGCCAGGAGACCAUGGCCCACGCACACGACUGGGUGUGGCUGGGCCACGAGGGCGAGCUGCUGGAGAGCCCCCACGGCCUGUGCCUGCAGCAGGAGGACCUGGGCAGCAUCCUGGACUCGGGCCUCGGCCUCGAGGAGGGCAGCCAGCUGCUCAACGGCGCCUCGGCACAGAAGAGCGUCCAGGGCCAGGUGCACCGCGCCGCCCUCGACCUUAGCGCCUGCCCGGGGAAGGAGCACAAGAGCGAGUCGCUCAACUCGCCCACCACCAAGCGGAAACGCGUCAAGUUCACCACCUUCGGCAGCUCCAAGGCCAACAACGGCUGCCCGGCCAUCAGCCCGCUGGUCCUUGCCCAGAACAACGACAUUAAGUGGGUGUGCCCGGACAUCGAGCUCGGGGACUCCAAGGAGCUCCGGAAUUACAUGGAGAGGCUCAACGAGAACGCUUCCAAAAGCCUUGCGUAGUUCCAAUAAUCUUCUCUCCCUUCUCUCCCCUGCUUAUCUUCUCCCUUGUUUUCUUCUUCUGGGACAAAGUGUAGCUUACACAUAUUGCCUUCCAUGGUGAGGAGGAGAGGAGGAGGAAGGCAGUUAGACUGGAACUGCUGUAGGGAGGCUUCCCAUGAAUAAAGACAGGCCAUUCAUCUAGUAUCGUUGCCACGGCAACUGUCAAAAGGGUUGAUCUUUUGGGGAUGAAGAGAAGGGGGGAGAGAGACCACAGAGGACAGAGGAUACGCCAAACCAUGAACACCAGGGCUAGAAAUGCAUAAAGAUGCCUAUUUUACUUUUCUUGAUUAAAACGGCAGUAAUUUAAUUUCAGUAACUUACAGUACAUGACUUAGGUGUUAUUUGUUGUUUUUCUACCCUUUAAGUUUCCAUGUAGAAUAUAAUUAUGCUUUUCUUUUUCCCUAGAUCAUUAUCCUGAAAGUCAAAUGAUGUGCGAGUGUGUGCAUUUGUGUGUUUGAGUUUGGAUAUGUGUACAUAGUAAUAUAAAUUCUCUAUGAUGGCAAGUUAUGAAAACCUUCAGCUGUAAAUAAACUACAAACUCUGACUUGGUCUGAUUUGUAUAAACAACAAACAACACAUUUUGUAAGGUUUUACAUAUUUUUAUACAUUUCGGUUUUAGUCUGUUAUCGUUUCACUCUUCAUUUUACCGUUUUGUCCUGUAAAGGCAGUACUUGCAUGUCACCCCAUACAUAGAGACUAUUUUGAACUCGAACAAAGCCUAGUAAAUAGUACAUACUGCAGAGAUGUCCCCUAUUAUUGUUAAUGGUCUCUCUCCCACAGAGCUGUUGGACAAAAACAGUAUUACUGAACUGUUCCUUGUGUUAUCAUGUAUAUGUUGCUUCAGUAUUGUAGACCAACACAAGGUGUGAAAUCCACCAGCUGUUGUCAGUCCUCUAUUCUCUGUACACAGGAGUUUUUUAUCCUUUUCAUUUCUUUAAAUGUUUCCUUUUUAUCUGUGCUUUCCCCCCCUUUUUGGUGAGUCUUGUACAGAGAGAUGGCACUUGAGAAGGCUAUCUGGAACUCAUAUUAGAUUUGCUGUGUUAAGAGUGAUAUAUCUUUUGCUCAAAGGUUUUAGCACAAGACACUGGGGUGAUCUAUGGGAAGAAACCUUUAAUACCUCGUACCUGGUCUACUGAACGCUAACAGGGGACACAUUAAUAUUCCAUUGCUGUGUGUCCUAUUGAUUGCCAGCCCUUGACUGAGUUAUGACUUAUGCUAUGACAUCUCUGAGAUGAUGCAUAUUCAGACACAAAUGGUAGAAGUCAAGUACAGAGAGUAUGAACAAGUCUCCACACAUGCUGACUCGUAUUUCAUUUCAUUCAUGUGAUCUGGAACACAGUAACACAUUGACACAAUGCUUGGCAAUGCAACUCUCAUAGCUGCCCUUCCAAUAUUUGACACAAUACAAGACCAAGUGGCCUAUAAUCUGAUUAACUGGAAAUAGUUUAUGAAACUAGCUUGAAUGAACUGUAAGACCUAUGUCCAAAGGAAGGAAAGAUAGCUACCCCAUAGCUGUGUGCGAGAAUGGGAUCCAUUUGAGAUAACUUGUGUCUGUCAAACCAUAUCUGCUGUGUCCAUUUAUGUCUUUGUUUUUAGUUUGGUUGUUUUGCACUGAUUAAAAUAUUGGCAAUCCUC